UAACGGUGAAACGUAAAUGAGUGAGCAUCGAAGCGUACGCUCACUCCAUCACUACAAACGGCAAGGCUCACGGGCAGCCUGUGCGCGCAUCAAUGAUGUUCUUGGCGUCGCUCGCCAUAAGAAGCCAACCGCGCCACACUGCCCCUCUACCCUACAUCCCUAUACUGUCUGCUCUGAUCUGCUACGACACACAGCUGCUGUCCCUGCACCCGUACCCCGAUCCAGCGAUCGCAUCGCAUCGCAUUCGCAUCAUGGGCCUCUGCCUGUCCGUGGCACUCUGGAAGGAGAAGCUCUACGGCGGCAGCCGGUCAGUGCGGGGCCGCGUCGUCGUCCAUAAGGUUGCCGGCGUGGAGGGUGGUGACUGCGAGUACGGCAUCUUGGGAGGCGACGCCGAUGGCGUGCUGGGAGUAGAGCAGAAGCCGCCGGCGGCGGCGGCGGUGGCGGCGGUGGCUCCGGCAGCGGCGGCCAUGGGCAUGAGAAGUGGCGGUGGAGUGGAGGGAGCUGCCGCUGCCGUGUCCGGCGGCACUCCGGUGCGGCCGAUAUGGCAGAGGAGGGUGCUGAUGGGCGUCAAGUGCCAGCUGCCGCGGUUCAGCGGGAUGAUACUCUACGACGAGAGCGGCCGGCCGGUGUGCAGUGGCAUCAGGGACAGAGCGCGUGACCAGGAGAAGCAUGCUGCGGCGAUCUCAGUGCUAAGGGACCUGCUCUAGUCUUCAUCAUCGGCACGUGGUGGCGAUUCUAUUGAGGGGAUAUGCAUGUUUGGUUACUCUACAUGUACGUCUUUAUUAAUGGGUUGCAUGUUUUUUUAAAUUAGCCAGCUUGGUAAUAAAAUCCUUUGUAUUUCGUGCUAUGGGCGCCAGCUUUUUGUAUAGACUACUAUGUCUAUAUGCAUGUUGUGGCAAAUGUCUAUAUGUCCGUUUGGCUGAAAAGUUAUGACUGAAAGUACAAAGUCGCUGAUUUAUUA